UUAGCUCAGUCUAUCUUCUUCUUCUGGUUCAGUGAAUACAGAGUGUGAGUACUGAGUAGCAGAAAUGGCUUCUUGUUCUUCUUGUUCUGCUUCAUUCGCUAGCUUCUCUAUUAUCUCGAGACCUUAUUCCCAACCGCAAUUUAUCCUCCUCAACUCUCCUCAUCGAACCGGAACCCCUCAUUCUCGACCCGGUUCAAGUCGGUUCAGAUGCUCGGCUGGUCAGACCGGGUUCUUCACUAAAAUCGGCCGCUUGAUAAAGGAGAAGGCGAAGAGCGAUGUGGAGAAGAUCUUCUCCGGUUUCACCAAGACACGCAACAACCUCGCCGUCAUCGACGAACUCCUCCUCUAUUGGAACCUAUCCGACACCGACCGAGUCCUCGACGAACUCGAAGAGGCUCUUUUAGUGUCUGAUUUUGGGCCAAGAAUCACUGUUAAGAUAGUGGAGAAUUUGCGCGAGGACAUAUUGUCCGGGAAGCUUAAAUCAGGGAACGAGAUAAAGGAAGCGCUGAAGAGGAAUGUUUUGGAAUUGUUAACCACCAAGGGGAGUAAAACUGAACUUCAACUUGGAUUCAGGAAACCAGCUGUAAUAUUGAUAGUUGGUGUUAAUGGUGGUGGGAAGACAACAUCUUUAGGAAAGUUGGCCUAUAGAUUGAAGAAUGAAGGGGCUAAGAUAUUGAUGGCAGCCGGUGAUACAUUUAGAGCAGCUGCUAGUGAUCAGCUGGAAAUAUGGGCUGAAAGGACUGGGUGUGAGAUUAUUGUGGCUGAAUCUGAGAAAGCCAAAGCAUCAUCAGUGCUUUCACAGGCUGUAAAAAAGGGAAAAGAGCUAGGUUUUGAUAUCGUAUUAUGUGAUACAUCUGGACGUUUACACACCAAUUACAGCCUAAUGGAGGAGUUGAUUUCUUGUAAAAAGGCUGUGGCUAAAGUACAACCUGGCGCUCCUAACGAGAUCCUACUGGUUCUGGAUGGGACUACUGGUUUGAAUAUGUUGCCACAAGCGAGAGAGUUCAAUGAAGUUGUGGGUGUUACUGGUUUAAUUUUGACCAAACUGGAUGGUUCUGCUAGAGGUGGCUGUGUGGUAAGUGUGGUUGAUGAGCUUGGAAUCCCUGUAAAAUUUGUGGGUGUUGGUGAAGGCGUUGAAGACCUUCAACCCUUUGAUGCUGAGGCCUUUGUCAAUGCCAUUUUUAUGUAAACCUAUAUUAGGGUUUGAAUCAUUUAGUAGCAGAACAGCUUGACAUGAAUAUGCAGAGCAACAGCAGGUCACAGUGAAGAUGACAUUUUACUAUGAAGCCGUUCUAGGGAGAGGCCAAGCAUUGCGAAAUCAUGUAAAUGAUUUUGAGGUGCAGAGCUGUUGUUGAUUUCGAAGCAUGCUGAGUGUAUAUAGUCCUUUUUCAUGCUCUGUGGCUGGCAGUUUCUGACAAUGCAAAUGAGAGAUAGAGUUUAGAACUGAAGGAUUUUAUUGUGGUGUGCAUGUAAAUGAUACUACGGAAAAUGUAAUCAGUAAACACAUGCUCCAUUGUCUGUCAAUAUCUGAUUAAUGAUGUUAUUUUUCUUUUUUUCGACUUCUCAAUGAGGUUUCCUAUU